AUGGCCACUUCUGCGGAAGGACAUUCACAUGGGAAGCCAGUGCAAAUAAUUGAGAUGAAAACAGGCAAGCUCGAACUCCAUAAACAAACACUUGAAGAGACCUUGUUGCAACCCCAGUUGAAGGAUUUGCCAGUGAUUGUUUUGUCGAUUGCUGGUAUAUUUCGCUCUGGAAAAUCUUACUUACUCAAUUUAUUGGUCAACCACCUCUCUAAAGAUAUCAAUAGACCUAGCGGAUUUCCUUGGAAUUCUGGUACUGACAGGGUGACAACUGGUAUUUGGAUGUGGAAUCAAAUUUUUACCGCAACAUUACCUGACGGUAGAAAAGUUGGAGUAAUAUUGAUGGAUACUCAAGGAACGCAGGAUCCCAAAACCAGCCAAAAGCAUAAUGCAGCAGUGUUUGCACUUAGUGCAAUAUUGAGCUCAAUACAGAUUUAUAAUGUGAAAGACUAUAUUGAUGAGGGAGAUCUGCAGUUUCUUGAACUAUUUGUUAGAUAUGGAAUUGCAAUUAAAGGAGAUAAUGAGAACCCUUUCCAGCGUCACAAACGAGAAAUUCAAGUAUGGGAAGCCAAUUAA